GAUAGACAGAGAGCAAGCCAUUAAGACAACAUCGAGCUGAGAAAAGUCAGUGGAAAUGAGAAAUCUUCCGAUUCUGCUGUUGCUAUGUGUGGCAGUGUGCUCAGCCUAUCCUCUGGACAGAGCUGCAAGGGACAAGGAAGACAGCAUGGAGCUUGUCCAGCAAUAUCUAGAAAACUACUACAAUCUUGGAAAGGAUACGAAACAGUUUGUUAGAAGAAAGGACAGUAGUCCAGUAGUUAAAAAGAUUCAAGAGAUGCAGAAGUUUCUGGGGUUGGAGGUGACAGGAAAGCUGGACUCUGACACUCUGGAGGUGAUACGCAAGCCCCGAUGUGGGAUUCCUGAUGUCGGCUCCUUCAGCACCUUUCCUGGUACGCCCAAGUGGAGGAAAACUCACCUCACCUAUAGAAUUGUGAAUUACACAAAGGAUUUACCUAGAGAUGCUGUUGAUUCUGCCAUUGAAAAAGCUCUGACAGUCUGGGAGGAGGUGACUCCACUUACAUUCUCCAGGAUUUAUGAAGGAGAAGCUGACAUAAUGAUCAUAUUUGCAGUUAGAGAACAUGGGGACUUUUUGCCUUUCGAUGGACCUGGAAAAGUUUUGGCUCAUGCGUAUCCACCUGGAUCAGGGUUUUAUGGAGAUGCUCACUUUGAUGAUGACGAACAAUGGACAAAGGAUACAUCAGGGAUCAAUUUAUUCCUUGUUGCUGCGCAUGAACUUGGCCAUUCCCUGGGCCUCCAACACUCAACCCACCGUGAAGCUUUGAUGUACCCAGUCUACGACCCGCUCACAGACCUCUCUCGGUUCCGCCUUUCUCAAGAUGAUGUCAACGGCAUUCAGUUCCUGUACGGGUCUCCCCCAGUUUCCCCUAAUGACCCCGCGGUGCCCACGGAAUCGGUGCCUCCCGAAGCCGGGACCCCAGCCGCAUGUGAUCCUGCCUUGUCCUUCGAUGCAAUCAGCACACUGAGGGGAGAAAUCCUGUUCUUUAAAGGCAGACAUUUUUGGCGGAAAUCCUUCAGGACAUUUGAACCUGAAUUUCAUUUGAUCUCUUCAUUCUGGCCAUCUCUUCCUUCAGGCAUAGAUGCCGCAUAUGAAGUUACUAGCAAAGACACGGUUUUCAUUUUUAAAGGAAAUCAGUUCUGGGCCAUCAGAGGAAAUGAGAUGCAAGCAGGUUACCCAAGAGGCAUCCAUACCCUGGGCCUUCCUUCAACAGUAAGGAAAAUAGACGCAGUCUUUUCUGACAAGGACAAGAAGAAAACAUACUUCUUUGUAGAGGACAAAUACUGGAGAUUUGAUGAGAAGAGACAAUCCAUGGAACCAGGUUUUCCCAAGCAAAUAGUGGAAGAUUUUCCAGGGGUUGAACCAGAGGUGGAUGCUGUUUUUCCAGUAUUUGGAUUUUACUAUUUCUUCAGUGGAUCUUCGCAGUUUGAAUUUGACCCAAAUGCAAAGAAAGUGACACAUGUGUUGAAGAGUAACAGCUGGUUGAACUGUUAGGAGAGAUGUUUAGAAGGCACAACGUGGGCAUUUUACGUUAACCUGAUAACUCUUCACCUAAGUCUCCGUGAACUGAAGUGACUCGUGUUCUCCUGUGUGUGCAGUGACGGAGACCGAGAGUGUGAGCUGUGUGUCUUGCCCACUAGCCUCACGUAUCAGAGGGCAUUCAAAUGGGCUGUGCAUUUGUACUCUGGUCACUGCAUCAGCGUCCCAUGGGAACAGGGAACAGGGUUAGCACUCUGCAAUAGGCAAGCGACUGUAUAUAGACUAUUUGCUUAUUAUUUAAUAAAGAGAAUCUGUCAG